AUGCGUUUAAAUAGCAUACUGCUAUCGGCAUAUGCCGCACCUACAUUGCUGAUGCUGGGAGACGGCGAUCUAGUGUGUGCUGAUGCUCAUAAUGCCGAACAAACAAGCUUCAACGAAUCCAAGCCUGACUACAGACGCAUGCAUGUUGCCAGCCCAGCGGAUUCUAGCCCGACCGCAUCCAUUACGGAGUCGCACGUCUCAAAAAAGGAUAAGACAGUGCGCGAAGACACCAGAAGCGAGGACCGAAUGGAGAACAAGCUCGAAGAGGUGCUGGAAUCGUCAGCUCAGGCACUGACUGACGUGGCGCGAAAAGUCAAAGCUUUCGACCGCAAGGAUUUGCGUACGAAGACCAUGACACAGUUUUAUUGGACAAUCCCUUACGCUUUCAAUACCAAAUGUACCGAGGUGUAUGAGGACUUUGCAAGAGGCGAGCAACCCAUGGAAGCAACGAAACUUGCAGCGUUGCUGAUUCGCAAUCGUGAUUUAUCAUUGACCGAAUUGCACGCUGGAACACCUGAGAUAAUAUCAGCCUUGUUGUCGAAGAGGAACCCACUAGACGUGACGCGUGUGGUUGUGUUGCUUCGUUCGGUUCCAGGAAUGGAAGCUGAUUCCGACGUGUUGCACAGACAGCUAGUUGCGAAUCACAAGGACCUCCCCGGAGUCAUAUCCGACGCAUGGAUGAAUUUGGGAUUGGACACCGAAGAAUUGCUUAAGAUUCUCAACUGGCACCCCGACCACGAAGCCCUUUUUACCCCUUCCUUCUUUCACGAAGUGGUACUGUACAUUAUAAAGUUCAAGGAAAAACACUUGGCAGCACUCAGUAUCGAUGAAGCAAUCAGACUUUUGUUCCAAACGAUGAACCCAGGACAAGUGCAUGAUUAUCUCGGUCGACUGGAGGAAAUAGGUGGUCAUGAAGCGCUCGUCAAAACGCUGCGAGUGAUUUACGCCAACAUACGCAACCAUGACUCGUUGUUGAACAAGUUGAGGGCUCAGAGGCUUUUGUCUCGAAAGAUGCAAGCCGAGAAGACGCCAGAUCAUGUUCGUGAAUUUGCGAAGCUUGCCAUACCUUUGGAGCCCAUUGACGCUCCAGCUUUUGCACAUUUGCUCAAGGCCGGUCGUCGUAUAGGGCCAAAAGUACACGCUAGACUGAAGGAGAUUGUCGGGGCAUUGCUGUUCAUAAGAACCCCAGCAGAAGUGGUUCAAGCACUGGCAUCUCUUCACACGAUCGCAGGGAAUGAAGCGAUUGCGACUAAGAUGCACAGAAUACUUGCAGGCCUGUACCUGCCAAAGACAAUGCGUUUGGUGUGGAUGGAGGCGGGAGUGCCCCCUCGGACUAUCUUGGAGACUUGCAUCAGUACAAAGGAUGUGCCGUUCGAUCGCCCCAAUGGUGCACUUCUAUCUGAAUACAAAAAGUUCGUGGAGAUGUAUAAACGUGUGCAUCCAUACGGAAUCAACACACGUGACGCGUAG